AUGUUGGAUGAUGAAGAUGACCAAAGCUUUCACGCUACGCGUGACGGCUACUCCCAUUUGAGCGAUGUCGAAUGGGAUGCGGUUGAACGAAUGGGUUCGACCAUGGGCAUCCAUGCUGUUAGCGUCAUGCUAGAGGCUCUCAAUAGAGACGCCCAACAUGCUACUAUCGCCAAGUUCAUUCAAAAUGAACUUGACGCAGAACGCGAGAAAGUAGCCUUGCUUCACCAACAAGGUUCUCAACAAGCAGAGUUGUUGAGAGAACAAGGUGCUCAACAGUUUGAACUGUUGAGACAGCAGCAGGCUGCUGCUGGCGGGUCGAUGCACUCGCGUCGGCCCGAGACUUUGAAGAUUGACAUCUCAAAGGCGCGUCGCAUCGACGACGGGGAUAUGCAAGUUGCAUUUGCCCAGUCAAAUCUGGCAGGACGUGCCAAGACUUGGGCACUGGGGCUCAAGCUGCACGACCCAUAUGCGUUUGGGUCGUUGGAAGUCUUCAAGUCGCGGCUCAGACAAACGUUUGAACCGCCUAGAGCUGAGUUCAGAGCUCGAACCGAACUCUUGAAGCUCAAGCAGGGUAAGCGUGAUGUGCACGCUUACGCUCAACAUAUACGACAUCUCACGAGUUGUAUAAGUUCCAAUCCGGUGGAUGAACACACGUUGGUUUCGGUGUUCAUGCAGGGUCUUGCGGAUGGUCCCGUCAAGACUCACCUGUUCCGGCUUGAACUAGAUUCACUAGAACAAGCCAUUUCAAUUGCGGAGCAGGAAGACUUCAGUCUGAGACAGGCUCGCGCCAGCUCGACAUCAUAUCGUCAACCGAGACGAUAUGACAACGGAGGUCCAGAGCCGAUGGAACUCUGUUAUGUAGAGAGCGAGAAGGCUCGCUCUACAGGCUACAAGAAGUUGCAGAGAUGCAACAGAUGUCAAAAGACAGGACACUACGCUUACGAGUGUAGUGCCCCUCGUCCAGUGUCUCGCGACACUGGGCGUAGUGACCGUCCACCCAUGAGAAAGGGGCAGGGACGAGGGUCCGCAGUUGGUGCAAAGACGCAACAACGGGAUGGACCGUCAAAAAAACGGACAGGAUCAGUAGGUGCGGAGCACCCUACUGAUCCAGCAACGUCAAGAGAAUUUGUAGGCCUCUUGAUGAAGGUUGCUCCCAACACACAGACAUUGUGCGUUGCUGCUCUAGGUAAUGAGGUCUCACUCAUUACCUUGAAACUCGAAGUGACGAAUAAGUUGUCCCUUCGAGCUCUAGUCGAUUGUGGGGCGUCCAACAAUUUUGUGCGACGCCAAUCGCUAGAAGAUGGUCACUUUAAAUUCAGUGAAUGUGACACACCUCCUACGAGGAUGACGGUACGUCUUGCGACAGGCGCAUCCGUAACCGUCAUGAAGCGUAUAGUGAAGAUUCACUAUACGCUAGAAGAUACCCAAUACGACGAUGACUUUAUCGUAUUGGAUUUGGAUGACAAAUUUGAUGUCAUCCUUGGAAUACCGUGGCUCAGAAGGUACGAACCACGGGUAAACUGGCAACAUCGGACAGUAACGAUGCCUGCCGCUUGUUCAUCAGAUGGCCAUCUGAUGAACGUUUUGGAGCGUCCACAAGCGUGUGGAUGUACUACGAGUGAGUGCGAUGGCCUCACUUGUGGUACGGUCGUUAGUACGACUGCACAAAACCUUAGUGUACCAAACGGUUACACUUCGGAGCAAAGUUCCGGCGGCUGUGAGGAGACACAGGCUGCGCCGAAGGUCCACCACUCGAAUAAGUCGGGUGGACUGGGACAAAGAUGUAUCCCUAGAGGGGAACAUCUAGAAGAGAAACAAUCGAUCGCUCAGGUUAAGCGAAACGAUAAUCCUAGAUCGACUGGGGAGUCUUUCGUAGAGGAUCUCGCUGUGGUUGCGCAACCCCAGCUAGAGGAAGUAAAGGGAAUAAGUCCCAAGAUUACAAAUACGGCGGAAAUAAGUUCCCAGAAACCCGCGGGAAUAAGUCCCCGGGAAGACGAAGGAAUAAGUCCUUCGAAGCCUGAGGGAAUAAGUCCCCAGGAAAUGACAGAGACAUUGAAUGUCAUAGUCAAUAACGGAUCAUGUGUAGGCGCUUAUACACUUGAUCUGAUUGCGCCUCCGAAGUUAACUUCGGAGAUCACUCAGUUGCCAACGCUCGAACAUAAAAGAUUCUUGCGUGAUCUGCGUAGUGGCAAAGUCAAGCAGAUCUGCAUACUCGUCGCUGACGACGAGUAUGUAACCGACAUAAGGUCAGCAACAGUGUUUACUGAGAACGAGAGAGUUCUCAGUAGUUCAUCUAUGGACGAGAGUGUCCUAGAUGAAAAGACACGAAUUGAGCGAUAUGAGUCCCAAUCAUGGGAAUCGCUCAAGGAAAAUCCUCUCUAUGAAGAUUUGGUUGAAUUCAAGGAUGUAUUCCCUGAAACAGUUCCGUACGAAUUACCGAAGGAUAAAGGUAUUCGACACGAAGUCGAGCUUAAACCAGGCUCGAAGUACUGUGUCAUGAAGCAGUGGCCACUGCCUCGUGAACAAGUACUUGCGAUCGACAAGUUCUUUGCCGAUCGUUUAGCAGCGGGCCAUGUGAGGGAAUCAACUUCCCCACAUAGCUCUCCGACCUUCUGUGUGCGAAAAGCAACAGGAGGGUGGCGGAUAGUGCACGCGUUUAACAAAUUGAACGCUGCAACGGUACCGGCUCAGACGCCGAUACCGAGGAAGGACGUAAUCAUUGAUGGUAUGUCAAAGAGUACCAUCUUUUCGUCCAUGGAUUUGAUGGAUGGCUUCUAUCAAAUCCUAAUGCGGAACAGGAUAUACCCUAUACCGCAGUUAGCACGCCUAGCGGCAUGCUCUGGGAAUGGCUAG